AACUCCUUCAGAUUGACUUCGUUAGAUGGACCUAGAUCCUUGAUGAGAUGAGUAUUUUAAAUUGUUCUAAUUAAAAAAAGCAAGAUGUCACUUAAAAGAAAGCACACAGUCCUGUGUGUGUUGGUUUUAUCCAACGCCUUGUAUCUCUACCUCGGUGGUUUAAUUUUCAGCGCCAUCGAAAAGAAACCAAAAGUUCAGCCAAAGACUACGAAUGAUGUGGUUGAAAUCCUAGAUGCAUUGAAAAGCAGCUCCUACGGUCAGCGAGUUCUUCCUGAUGAUUUCAACAGUAAAGAUCUUGUGGAAAAACUCAGUGACGAAGACUUGAGCAAGAUCAAUAUUGGGUUGGAAUCUAUGACCAAGAAGAAGAAAGCUGCUGCAAAACUUCGGUGGAGCUUUUCGAAUUCUCUGUUCUUUUCGACGACUGUUGUUACGACAAUUGGUUACGGCAACCUCGCYCCGACAACACUUGGUGGUCGAAUGUUCUGCAUCGUGUACGCUUUGAUAGGAAUACCGCUGACCUUAAUGCUUCUGGCUGUGGUUGCCAACGUCAUUGUGUUCAAGCUGAACAACGCAUGCGCAUGGGUCGUAUCUCGCAUCCGAAUGAAAUACUUCAAGGAUUACGAGUUCGAGGCGGCAAGUAAAGAGAUCAGUGCUCCUGUGUGGCUUGCUCUGCCAAUCAUCUUUGUGUUUUUGGCUCUGAUGUCAUCCAUGUAUUGCGCUCUCGAAGGUUGGGAUUUUGGGACAUCGUUGUACUAUAUAUUCAUUACUUUUACGACCAUAGGGUUUGGAGAUAUAGUGCCUUCGAGUCAAGCGAUGACCUUGCUAUUUCAGAGCAUAUGGAUCAACACUAUGCUUUUGUAUGUUGGUCUUUCUAUCGUGUCUAUCACCAUUAACCUCUGUGCAUCGGGCKUAGCAAGGCAGAUGAAGAAAACAGGCAAAUACAUCAAGAUUCUGGAGUACUUCCAGGAGAACGAGGAGCAUGACCAGGAUAAAAAUACCACUBAUGAUAGUACUGCUGGCUCAUCUAGGCGUAACAGAGACCCUCAGCACUUUGAGAUGGAGAAAAUGGACGAUGAAAAGAAAACRAGAGAAAAUGAUCACUUGUUACAAGCACAGAAAUAAACCUUUGGUCUGAUAGAAUGCCUAUAUAAAGACAUUAGAUUUCUGGUGGUACUAGAAUUUAUCGAAACUAGUAAAUAGGCCACGUUUGAGAUAUUACAAUAGGACGUUUGCAUAAUGGCGUCAUUUGACUCCCACUACCAAGAUGCUUUGCGAAUUUUCUUUCUUGUUUAAAUUUAUAUUCCCUCAUGAGAAUAGUAAGACAAUUGGUGGUAAUUAACUGAACAAAAGAAAGCGUGCAAGGGAGUCUGGUAGUAGAGGUCAAUGACGCCAUCGUACAAACGUUCUAUUCUAGCACGAUUCCAAGGCUCUCCGGAAUUGCAAAACCUCAAGAGGAGCAGUAGAUCAUAGUGCUGUAGAUUCGAGCACGGUUGUUGAGCGGUGAACUGACUAGUAUAUUUCUACCAAAAGGUAAGAACAUCGUAGAUGGUACUUUAUUUCGUUCUACCAAUAAAUGUAUGCGGUGAUCACGUGUUUGUACCGUACCAAACGACUAAAGGCUCGCAAUCAAGUCAGGAAUUUUGGAGAUAUCGACGUGGCCUAUUUGGAUUUUCUUUUACGAGUAGAGAAUAGAAGUCUGUUUAAUGGUUAUCUUAGAAUGAUAAGUUAUACACCGUAGUGAAAAUAGUAACUGACGUUUCGGACGUUAGUCCUUCGUCGGAGUCAAUAGAAAGUAAGAGUAAGAGAGAUGUUUAUAUAGUAGAGGAGAGAGAAAACAAACCAAUAAGAAAAAAGCAAGCCAUUUAACAAAGGAAAACAAAAGGAUCGAAAACAACAAUAGGUGGGAAAUAACUUAAUUAUAAGCGAAGCGUUCGUUCAUCCCGUGGGGAUUAACGGUGCCAAGUGAAUGRAUUAAGCGCAUUUAAUGGUUUAAUGGUUAUUUAAUACACUUGACAUUUUAAUGCAUGUUCUAUAUAAUAUAUUAAACUAAUGUAGAUUAAAGGCUUUGUCGAUACUAUUAUCAGCAUCAUUUGUACGAAUUACUUUCAGCAGCAAACCUAUAACUGUUACAGCAGUUUUCCAGUGGAAUUAAAAGCUUAUCCCACAAACAACUAYACCACA